GACGGGCCCACGGUCUCGCUGGGGCAGACGUCCGCGCAGGUCGCCCGCGCGGAUCCGGGCCGCGCGCGCCCUUGUUGGCAAUAGGACCCCUCCCCCAUCCUCCUCAGUCACCACCGCCCGCGCAGGGCAGAGGGGAGGGACAGCCGAGUCGCCCGGGAGAGGAGCUCCCGGCCUCCUGCAGCAGCGUGGGGCGGGGCCGCAGCGUCCCCUCCCCCACCCCGGACACCUGAGCGGCGGAGCGGCUAGGGCUCCCGCGCUACAGCCGGGCUGGGCGCGGCGCCGCGCGGGUCCCCGCGGCCGAGCCAGGUGCGAGCGGACGCCGGCCCUCCCCAGGGGGCUCCGACCUGCCCGGACUCCCUGAGACCUGGCUGAGGCCCGGCUCCAGGCGCUGGGCAGCCAUGCCGCGCAGCCCCACGUCCAGCGAGGACGAGAUGGCCCAGAGCUUCUCCGACGACUCCGUGGGCUCCGAGUCGGACAGCUCCAAGGAGGAGACCAUCUACGACACCAUCCGGGCCACGGCGCAGAAGCCCGGCAGCGCCAGGACGGGGGAGAGCCAGGGCAACACGCUGGUCAUCCGCAUCCUCAUCCAGGACCUGCAGCAGACGAAGUGCAUCCGGUUUAACCCCGACGCCACGGUGUGGGUGGCCAAGCAGCGGAUCCUGUGCUCGCUGAACCAGAGCCUGAAGGACGUGCUGAACUACGGGCUGUUCCAGCCGGCCAGCAACGGGCGGGACGGCAAGUUCCUGGACGAGGAGCGGCUGCUGCGGGAGUACCCGCAGCCCGCGGGCCAGGGCGUGCCCUCGCUGGAGUUCCGAUACAAGAAGCGGGUGUACAAACAGGCCCAUCUGGACGAGAAGCAGCUGGCCAAGCUCCACAGCAAGACCAACCUGAAGAAAUGCAUGGACUACAUUCAGCACCGCUCGGUGGAGAAGAUCGUGAAGAUGCUGGACCGAGGCCUGGACCCGAAUUUCCACGACCUGGACACUGGAGAGACGCCCCUGACCUUGGCGGCCCAGCUGGACGACCCCGCGGAGGUGAUCAAGGCCCUGAGGAACGGCGGGGCGCACCUGGACUUCCGUGCCAAAGACGGGAUGACGGCCCUGCACCGAGCCGCCCGAGCCAGGAACCAGGUGGCCCUGAAGACUCUCUUGGAGCUGGGCGCCUCCCCGGACUACAAGGACAGCUACGGCCUCACGCCGCUGUACCACACGGCCAUCGUCGGGGGCGACCCCUACUGCUGCGAGCUGCUGCUGCACGAGCGCGCGGCCGUCUGCUGCGAGGACGAGAACGGCUGGCACGAGAUCCACCAGGCCUGCAGGUACGGCCACGUGCAGCACCUGGAGCACCUGCUCUUCUACGGCGCGGACAUGGGGGCCCAGAACGCCUCGGGGAACACCGCCCUGCACAUCUGCGCGCUCUACAACCAGGACAGCUGUGCGCGGGUGCUGCUGUUCCGGGGCGGCGACAAGGAGCUGAAGAACUUCAACAGCCAGACUCCGUUUCAGGUGGCCAUCAUAGCGGGCAACUUCGAGCUGGCGGAGUACAUCAAGAACCACAAGGAAACGGACAUCGUGCCCUUCCGCGAGGCCCCGGCGUACUCCAACCGCAGGCGGCGGGCCCCCAACACGCUGGCCGCGCCCCGGGUCCUGCUGCGUUCCAACAGCGACAACAACCUCAACUCCGGCGCGCCCAGCUGGGCCGUCUGCAACGCCGCCGCCGCCGCCGCCGCCCACCGCAGCCUCUCGCCCCAGCUGCUGCAGCAGACGACCGGCCCCGCCGACGGGGCCCUGCGGACCAUCGGCAGCUACAUCCCCGGGCCCCGCAGCCGGUCCCCGUCGCUCAACAGGCUCGGCGGUGCCGGCGAGGAUGGCAAGAGGCCCCAGCAGGCCUGGCACGUGGGGCCGACCUUCCCGCCCGUGGCCAGCAAGGAGGCCUUCUCCGCCGUCGAGUACCCGGGGCCCAAGCGGAAGCUGUACAGCGCGGUGCCUGGGAGACUCUUCGUCGUCGUCAAGCCAUACCAACCCCAGGUCGACGGCGAGAUCCCCCUGCACCGGGGCGACAGGGUCAAAGUUCUGAGCAUCGGCGAAGGGGGCUUCUGGGAAGGCAGUGCCCGCGGCCACAUCGGGUGGUUCCCGGCCGAGUGCGUGGAGGAGGUGCAGUACCGGCCCCAGGACAGCCAGGCAGAAACCCGGGCGGACCGCAGCAAGAAGCUCUUCCGGCACUACACCGUGGGCUCCUACGACAGCUUCGAUGCCUCCAGUGACUGCAUCGUCGAGGAGAAGACGGUGGUCCUGCAGAAGAAGGACAAUGAGGGCUUCGGGUUCGUCCUGCGCGGGGCGAAAGCGGACACCCCCAUUGAGGAGUUCACGCCCACGCCGGCGUUCCCGGCCCUGCAGUACCUGGAGUCCGUGGACGAAGGCGGGGUCGCGUGGCAAGCCGGACUGAGGACCGGGGACUUCUUGAUUGAGGUGAACAGCGAGAACGUGGUGAAGGUCGGUCACCGGCAGGUGGUGGCCAUGAUCCGCCAGGGCGGGAACCACCUGGUCCUCAAGGUGGUCACGGUGACCAGGAGUCUCGACCCCGACGACACCGCCAGGAAGAAAGCGCCCCCGCCUCCCAAGCGCGCACCGACCACGGCCCUCACGCUGCGCUCCAAGUCCAUGACCUCGGAGCUGGAGGAGCUCGUGGACAAAGCCUCCGUCCGGAAGAAGAAGGAUAAGCCGGACGAGAUCGUCCCCGCCGCCAAGCCGUCCCGAGCUGCGGAGAACGUGGCCGUGGAGUCCCGGGUGGCCACCAUCAAGCAGCGGCCCACCAGCCGGUGCUUCCCGUCCGUCUCCGACAUGAACUCUGCGUACGAACGCCAGGGGAUCGCCGUGAUGACGCCCACUGUCCCCGGGAGCCCAAAAGGCCCGUUUCUGGGCCUCCCUCGAGGUACGAUGCGAAGGCAGAAAUCAAUAGACAGCAGGCUCUUUCUGUCAGGGAUAACGGAGGAAGAGCGGCAGUUCCUGGCCCCCCCGACACUGAAGUUCACCAGAAGCCUGUCCAUGCCGGACACGUCCGAGGACAUCCCCCCCCCACCCCAGUCCGUGCCCCCGUCCCCACCGCCACCCUCCCCCACCACCUACAACUGCCCCAAGUCCCCAACUCCGAGGGUCUACGGGACGAUUAAGCCUGCGUUCAACCAGAACUCCGCCGCCAAGGUGUCGCCGGCGGCCCGCUCUGACACGGUGGCCACCAUGAUGAGGGAGAAGGGGCUGUACUACCGCAGGGAGCUGGACCGCUACUCGCUGGACUCCGACGACGUCUACAGCCGGGCCCCCGCCACCCAGGCCGCCCUCCGCGGCAAGAGGGGCCAGAUGCCGGAGAACCCGUACUCGGAGGUGGGCCGGAUCGCCAGCAAGGCCGUGUACGUGCCCGCCAAGCCCGCCCGGCGGAAGGGCAUGCUGGUGAAGCAGUCCAACGUGGAGGACAGCCCCGAGAAGACGUGCUCCAUCCCCAUCCCCACCAUCAUCGUCAAGGAGCCGUCCACCAGCAGCAGUGGGAAGAGCAGCCAGGGCAGCAGCAUGGAGAUCGACCCUCAGGCCUCCGAGCAGCCGGGCCAGCUGCGGCCGGAUGACAGCCUGACUGUCAGCAGCCCCUUCGCCGCCGCCAUUGCCGGGGCCGUGCGCGACCGGGAGAAGCGGCUAGAAGCCAGGAGGAACUCGCCGGCCUUCCUCUCCACGGACCUGGGGGACGAGGACGUGGGUCUGGGGCCGCCCGCCCCCCGGGGGCCGCCCCCCGAUUUCCCCGAGGAGGGUGACUUUGGGGACGAGGAGGGCGCCGAGCCGCUCCCGCUGCCCACAAUGCCGGGGGCGGCGCCCAGGGAGCCUGAGAGCCGUUCUGUGGGUGGUGGCGAGGCUGCAGCUCAGGGUGAGGCCGGCAGGCCGCUGAAUUCCGUGUCCAAAGCCAAGGGCCCCGAGAGCAGCCCCGCGGUGCCCCCCAAGAGUGGCGGCGCUGCCGGCCCCGAGAACUACGUCCACCCGCUCACGGGGCGGCUGCUGGACCCCAGCUCCCCGCUGGCGCUGGCGCUUUCCGCCCGGGACCGCGCCCUGAGGGAGUCCCAGCAGGGCCCCAAGGGGGAGGCCCCCAAGGCCGACCUCAACAAACCUCUUUACAUCGAUACCAAAAUGCGGCCCGGCAUGGAGGCAGGCUUCCCCACCGUCACCAGGCAGAACACGCGGGGGCCCCUGAGGCGGCAGGAGACGGAGAACAAGUACGAGAGCGACCCGGGCAAGGACCGGAAGGGCGACGACAAGAAGAACAUGCUCAUCAACAUCGUGGACACGUCCCAGCAGAAGUCGGCCGGUCUGCUGAUGGUGCACACUGUGGACGCCGCCAAGCCGGGCGACUUCCUGGAGGAAGAGGACGAGACAGCCGACGGGGAAACCGAGCCGGACAGCUCGCCGCCCGAGGUGCCAGAAGGUGUUCCCGAAACCGAAGGUGCUCUACAGAUCUCCGCUGGCCCCGAGCCCGCCGCCACCACGCCCGGCAGGACCAUGGUGGCGGCGGGCUCCGUGGAGGAGGCGGUGAUCUUGCCAUUCCGCAUCCCUCCCCCACCUCUGGCUUCCGUGGACCUGGACGAGGACUUCGUUUUUGCAGAGCCAUUGCCUCCUCCCCUGGAAUUCGCAAACAGUUUUGACAUCCCCGACGACCGUGCGGCCUCUGUCCCCCCUCUCGCGGACUCGGGGAAGCAGAAGAAAAACGACACCUCCCCGCCCCCGGCGCUGAACCCCAGCCAGCCGACCAACCCCGCAGACAGCAAGAAGCCGGCCAGCCUCUCGAACUGCCUGCCCGCCCCAUUCCUGCCGCCCCCCGAGAGCUUCGACACCGUCACGGACUCGGGCAUCGAGGAGGCGGACAGCCGCAGCAGCAGCGACCACCACCUCGAGACCACCAGCACCGUCUCCACGGUGUCCAGCAUCUCCACCCUGUCCUCCGAGGGGGGCGAAGGCACGGACACCUGCACCGUCUACGCCGACGGGCAGGCGUUCGUGGCCGACAAGCCCCCCGUCCCUCCUAAGCCCAAAGUGAAGCCCGUGGUCCACAAGAGCAACGCGCUUUACCAGGACGCACUGGUGGAAGAGGACGUGGACAGCUUCGUCAUCCCCCCGCCCGCGCCCCCGCCCCCGCCCGGCGGCGUCCCGCCCGGGACCCUGAAAGGGAUCCAGCCAAGGACCUCCAAGUUGUGGGGUGACGUCCCGGAGGUCAGAAGCCCGAUCCUCUCGGGCCCAAAGGCAAACGUGAUCAGUGAAUUGAACUCAAUCCUGCAGCAAAUGAACCGAGAGAAAUCGGCCAAGCCGGGGGAAGGACUGGACAUGCCCGCGGGGACCAAGCCGGCCGGCCUCGCUCCCAGGAGCCCGGAGGCCUUGAGCGCCAUCUCAGGUGCACGGAGCACGACCGUCACCUUCACUGUCCGCCCUGGGACCUCUCAGCCCAUCACCCUGCAGAGCCGGCCCCCAGACUACGAAAGCAGGACCUCAGGGACCAGACGGGCCCCGAGCCCCGUGGUCUCGCCUACAGAGGCGAACAAGGAGAUUCUCCCCGCCCCCCUCUCCGCGGCCGCCGCGGCCCCGUCCCCCACUCUGCCCGAGGUCUUCGGCCUUCCAAGCCAGCCCCCGUCCGGGGACCUGUUUGGCUUGAACCCAGCGGGACGCAGCAGGUCCCCUUCUCCCUCAAUCCUGCAACAGCCCAUCUCAAAUAAGCCUUUUACAACUAAGCCCGUCCACCUGUGGACUAAGCCAGACGUGGCGGACUGGCUGGAAAGCCUGAACUUGGGGGAGCACAAAGAGACCUUCAUGGACAACGAGAUUGACGGCAGCCACCUGCCGAACCUCCAGAAGGAAGACCUGAUAGACCUCGGGGUGACCCGGGUGGGACACAGGAUGAACAUAGAAAGGGCUCUGAGGCAGCUGCUGGACAGAUAAGGACGGCUGCCCUCGGCCUCCGCGGACUUCGUGUUCUAAGUAGAGAUGGGCUGACACUCAGACGUUUGCAUGGCCGAGCGCGGUCUGUGAGCACCGACCCCAUGUCGUGGGUUCGUCCCAGUACCCAAAGAAACGCGGAGUGUGUCUACGGCGUGGCUGAGCAGAGGCCUUGGAAGUCCCCAGCUCUCUACGUGGGUUCCUUGGGCUGUUUCUGUCCAACGAGGGACGAGGGGAGGGAGUUUUUCUAACCCAGAAGGGAUUCACAGCUUGCCUCCCAGCAUGCGGGUGACCUCACUUGGCCAGGUCCCAGAGACGCCCGUCGCUGAGCUCGGGGCCCGGCUCCCGCGGGCAGACACCAAUGUACUCCAGAUACCUCCUGAGGCCUCCCCCCCGCCCCGGGCAGCUGGCCCCGGCCCCGCGGCAGGCCCCCAUGCUCACCGGCUCCUUUCCUCCCUGCACUCGCCCGCAGGGGGCGCCCCGGGCGCGUCUGUCCGGGGCCCCUUCUCGGGCCCGAAGGUAAAGAACCUUUGUGCUCGUAGACCCCUCACGCCCACUCCUGCAAGGCAGCUCCUCGGCCUCGAGGGUCCUGGCAGUGGGGGUGGCGUGGGGGCGUGCCCGGCUUUGCUCAGCUUUCUUUAUUCCUGCAAGUCGGUCAGCACCUUUCCAGAGUGGCCGCACCGGCGUCCCGUGGGGUCGGUCAAAGCACAGUUGUGAUUCCCAGGGCGUGGGACACCCGGCCACGGGAGGCGGCAUGUGCCCCUGCCGGGGUCCGGAGUCCCCGCACUGAUGACAGCCAUCGUCUGCCGGGAGCAUCGCCCCCGGCCUGGGAGAAGGGGUCCCCUGCCUUUCAGAGUCUGUUUCCAAUGGAAAGCACGUUGCGUCCUGCCACGAGCAGAGCAGGUGAGCGUCCACUCUGGCGCAGGGUGAACGCUGGCCAGGUGCUGCCGCCAGGGCGGCUGGGUCCCAGCGCUGAGCCCGGCUGGGGGAAACCAGCGUCUCCACCAAGGCAGCCCUUCGCUCUCUGCAGCCGAGGGGAGGGGGGACUCCAGGCCUCUCCCUCUCUCUCCGAGUGUCCAGGGGCCUGCCCGCUCGUCUUAAUAAUAGUGCAACAAGCUGUUUGAGAGCCCAGAGGGACGGCGGGGUCGGGGUCAGGGACAGGUGGCCGCAGGCGAGGGUGCACAGCAGCUACGUGGAGAGGACGGGGAGGCCCGCCUGGCCCGCCUCCCUAGCCGGGCGCCUUGAGCCGCCGCCCCUGCGACAAUACCUCUGAUUUCCAAGGGAGGUCGCCACUUGCCCACGGGCCGAAAAACGUCCAGCCAGGCUUCCAGCACAUUCUCCCGCGGUUGGAAGAAGCGCGAACGUCAGGUUUGGGGCUUUCAUUAUGAUUUCAGAACUAGCCUCGCCCAUCUCUAAUUAUAAGAACAUGACUUUUUUUCCUUUUUUUCCUUUGUGCUCACAAUCAAGCGUCUGACUAGGUCUGGAACAGCUCUAGAAUGAACACGUAAAUUUUAGCAAUUUAAAAUCUCUUUCUUUACUGCAAGUUUAACUAGUUGUACAGAUAGUUUAUAAGCACAACACUUUAGGAAAACAAGCGGCUGGUCCACGGCGGCCCCCGUGCUGCUCCAGUGCUAGGGAGUGGGGAACAGCGGCCUUCGUGGGGUGACGACACCUCUCCUGUGGGGUGGUCACAAAGGAUGACCUUUCCAACCAACCUUACUUGGACGCCUCUGAACCAGCAGAGCUGUGUCACAUUUUCUAUCUUUGCUAGAACUCUGUCACUGAAAGGCAGCCACUCCUUUGGAAGUGGCUACAAUUCGCAAUGCACCAGUCUCUCAGCACACAUGCACACGCACACACACACACCCCCCCCCGAGUUUUGCAGCCACGUGCCCCUGAGCUGGAACCCGAGCUGCACACCAUCCCCUGCUCCCAAACCCUCUGCAGGUCUGUGUUUGUAUCGGAGGGAUCCGGUCCCUCCUGGAGCCCAAUGGACAGUAAGGCACUCACUUCUGCGCCCUUCCCAGUUUCCCACCCAGAGAAAUGUCAAGCCAAGACACACGGGGCGGCCUGCAGAGGCUGCCCGCCAGCCCAGAGAACAUGCAGCCGGUGGCCUGGCCGUGCUCUCCCACACGGUAGCACUGAGGAUCCCGCCAGCUCCCGCGCCACGGCAGCCCUCCUCUCCUCCCCCCACUGUCGGGGCCACCUCUGUGCUCAGUGCGACAGGCGAAAGGCAGUGGGACUGGAGGGAAGGGAAGGGAAGCACGGGCAGGGGGCGGGGAGCGGCCGGUCGGGAGAGCGGCUGCCCCCCCUUGCUAAAGGCACUGAAGCCGCGCGCAGCCGGCGGCAGCGGCACACGGAAGGAAAAAGCGCCGAGGAAGCCGCUCGCACGCACGCACGCACGCAUGUGUCCCACUAGAGCAGAGGGGCAGGGCCCGCCGGAGCCCGCGCUCACUGACAAAAGACACACUCAUUGCCAAAACGAGCCCGUCUCCCGCUCCGCCCGGUGACCCAGCUACAGAAAGCAAUAGCUCCCCGUUCAGAUGGCCGCCCCCCGCCCCCCCCGGGGACACACUAGGACCAGGCCCUGCUCCCCCGCCCCCCCCAACGGUGGCUGGGACGUCAGGUCAGAUGGCUCACCCAAGGGUCAUGUUAAUACUACUCCAGGUUUUAAGAUCAACUUUUGUUAUAGACUGUAAUUUGCACACACUGCUUUCACACGCCUAGUUUCUUCUGUAACAUUGUGUACACGGAACCCGACGCUCCCGAGGUGUAAAUCGCACACGCCCGCUGGGACGCCGGCCCGGGGUCUGCGCACUUCCGGCUGGGUCCCGGUGUAAAGACGGCUCGGUGUGACUGCUGGUUUGCCGGACCUUGCAUAUCACAAAGUGAAUUACUUGUGGUGUUUAGUUAAUAAAACGGUGAUUUUUUUCUGAGUUACUGAGCAAGCAUUACCCAGAUGAUCUGGCAAUGACUUUUUUUGUGUGUGUGGGCCACAAAUAUUGAUUUUUUUUUCCAUUAACCAAUUUUUUCUGUUUUUUAGAAACUGAUCUGUUUCACACUAUCGUUUGUGUGAUGUGUUCGCAUUAUCUGUCACUGUUACUUUGUGCUUUUAUUCUUUUUAGAGUUUAUUAAAAACAAAAAAAACAAGCUCCUGUAAUUUGCACUUUCUCCCAAUCCUUAAAUCUCUUGUACGGCAACCAAAUUACUGUAAAGAAAUAAACAUACUAUUGCACUAC